GAAGAGAAGAGAAAACCCCUUGAAUUCAGAGUGUGCUUCUCACUUCCUCAGUCCUCCCAAAACCCCUGAAAAUGAGAUAGUUUCUCUCUAAUCUCAUCCGAUGCAUUAGAAGAACAAGAAGAUGAUGACGACAACUACCAACAAUCUCUCCACACAAUUUAAUUUUAAUUCCUUCAACAAAACCCCAAUUUUAUUCACCCCCCAAAACCCCAUUAAAUCUUCUCCCUUUUCUUGUUGCACUAAGUUGAGAAUACCUUCAAAAUCUCCCAAUAUUUGCUCUAUUAAUUCCAUUAUUCGUCUCUCUCAACCCAGAAAAACGCUCAAAUUCAAAACCCAUUGCGAAUCCAACUCUACUUUAAAAUCAACUGGAGAUAAACUAGCAGAUGAAGUUGAAGAAGAAGACGCUGAGGCAGCUCAGCUUUUUCAGAAACUGAGGGAUGCAGAAAGAGAAAGGGUAAAGAAGCAGGAGGAGUUUGAAAACAAAGCAAAUGUACAGCUGGAGAGGCAGCUUGUAAUGGCCUCUGAAUGGAGUAGGACCUUGUUGACUAUGCGUGGGAAGUUGAAAGGAACUGAGUGGGAUCCUGAGAAUUCACACAGAAUUGAUUAUAGUGAUUUUUUGAAGCUCUUAAACUCAAAAAACGUCAAAUACAUGGAAUACUCAAAUUUUGGUCAGAGUGUAUCAGUGAUAUUGCCUUACUACAAAGAUGGAAUGUUACGAGGCUCGGAAGAAAACUCGAAAAAGGAAGUUAUCUAUAAGCGCCACAUAGUUGACCGGAUGCCGAUUGAUUGUUGGAAUGAUGUUUGGCAUAAGUUGAAUCAGCAAUUGGUGAAUGUUGAUGUGAUUAAUGUAAACUCAGUGCCUGCAGAAGUCUAUUCUUCUGUUGCAACAGCUGUCAUAUGGUCAAUGAGGCUAGCCCUUUCCAUUAUGGUGUAUCUAUGGAUUGAUAGUGUUACAAGGCCAAUUUAUGCCAAGCUAAUCCCUUGUGAUUUGGGAAAACCCAGCAAAAAGGUGAGACUACCCCUUAAGCGUCGUGCAUUAGGAUCAUUGGGGAAGAGUCGAGCAAAAUUCAUAUCUGCAGAAGAAAGAACAGGAGUGACAUUUGAUGAUUUUGCCGGCCAAGAGUAUAUAAAACGGGAAUUGCAAGAGAUUGUACGGAUCCUAAAAAAUGAAGACGAGUUUCAGAAUAAAGGCAUUUACUGCCCUAAGGGUGUGUUACUUCAUGGCCCCCCGGGAACUGGUAAAACACUAUUAGCUAAAGCUAUUGCUGGGGAAGCAGGGCUACCCUUCUUUGCUGCCAAUGGAACUGAUUUUGUAGAGAUGUUUGUUGGUGUAGCAGCAUCUCGGGUGAAGGACCUCUUUGCUAGUGCUAGGUCAUUUGCUCCUUCUAUCAUUUUUAUUGAUGAGAUAGAUGCUAUAGGUAGCAAGCGUGGUGGCCCUGAUAUUGGAGGUGGUGGGGCCGAGAGAGAACAAGGUCUUCUUCAAAUUUUAACUGAAAUGGAUGGUUUUAAAGUUUCCACAUCACAGGUGUUGGUCAUUGGAGCAACCAAUCGAUUAGAUAUUCUUGAUCCUGCUCUAUUGAGGAAGGGAAGAUUUGACAAGAUUGUAAGAGUUGGUCUUCCCUCCAAAGAUGGCAGGUUGGCUAUAUUGAAGGUACAUGCAAGGAACAAGUUUUUCCGUUCUGAAGAAGAAAAAGAAGUUCUCCUACAGGAAAUUGCUGAGCUGACUGAGGAUUUUACUGGAGCAGAGCUACAGAAUAUUCUCAAUGAAGCUGGAAUAUUGACUGCUAGGAAAGAUCAAGAUUAUAUUAGUAGAGAAGAACUACUGGAGGCCUUGAAAAGACAACAGGGUACAUUUGAAACUGGAAUUGAAGAUACAAAGGAAAUUCCAGAGGAUCUGAAGGUGAGAUUAGCAUAUAGGGAAGCAGCUAUUGCUGUCCUUGCUUGUUAUUUCCCUGACCCUUACCGUCCUUUUGUUGAGACCAACAUUAAGUCAGUCCAAAGCCAGCCUAGUAUGCGUUAUGCUGAAGUUUCUGGAAGAGUUUUCUUGAAAAAAUCAGAUUAUGUAAACUCCAUUGUUCGAGCUUGUGCUCCCAGGGUUAUUGAAGAAGAGAUCUUCGGGAUAGAAAAUUUGUGCUGGAUUUCAUCCAAAGCUAAUCUUGAAGCAUCAAGAUUAGCUGAAUUUUUGAUUUUGCAAACCGGGAUGACGGCUUUUGGAAAAGCAUAUUAUAGAAAUCAACGUGAUCUUGUACCCAAUCUUGCUCCCAAACUCGAAGCUCUUAGAGAGGAAUACAUGCAAUAUUCUAUAGAAAAAUGUUCAUCAGUUUUGAGGGAACAUUGUGCUGCUGUGGAGACAAUUACAGAUGAACUCCUUGAAAAGGGAGAGAUUAAUGCCGCGAAAAUAUGGGAGAUUUAUGAAACGUCUCCUCGAAUAUCUCAACCAGCUGUUGAACCUGUUGAUGAGUAUGGUGCUUUGGUUUAUGCUGGAAGAUGGGGUGUACAUGGUAUCAGUUGUCCAGGAAGGGUUACCUUUGCACCCGGUAAUGUGGGAUAUUCAACCUUUGGGGCACCUCGUCCGUUGGAAACCCAAGUUAUUAGUGAUGAAACUUGGAAGCUAGUAGAUGAUAUAUGGGAUACAAGGGUUGAGGAGAUGAGAGAUGAAGUUACAAAGGAGGUUGAAGAAGAAGAAAUAGAGAGGCCAGCACUCUUGAUGGCCUCCCAUUUCCUAUGAUAUUCAUGAAUAUUCAUUGGCAACUUCUUAUUAUGGCUUUGAAUUGAGAUCAUCAAGCUUACUGUUCGAUAUGUUUGCUCGUUCACUGCAGAAUUUGAUAGGAAUUAACGGGAUAUUAGGUACCAAAGUCAGGUCCUUCUAGAUAUACAGUUCAGGUCUCUUGAUGAAGAAGUCUGCAUAUCAGAGCAUGUUUAGGCACUCGGAUGGAUUUAUUUAUUCUUUAGCAGCUUUUGCUAGUAACCCUUGAUGUUUAUUUGGGUGUGGUGAACUGUGUAAAGCAAGUUGUAUGUUGCACUUUUUUUUAAUUGUAUCAUGAAUUUGUUGUCAAGGGGAAGAAGAAAGAAUAAAACACAAGUUUUUUUUUUUUUUUUUUGAGGGAAAUAAAACACAAGUUUAAUACA